AUGUAUCUAUCUGUCUACCUAUGUAUCUCUUCCUGUUUCUAUCUAUCUAUCUAUCUAUCUAUCUAUCUAUCUAUCUGUCUGUCUGUCUCUUUCUGUUUCUAUCUAUCUAUCUAUCUCAUUCUGUUUAUAUAUCUAUCUGAUUCCGUAUCUAUCUAUCUAUCUAUCUAUCUAUCUAUCUAUCUAUCUAUCUAUCUAUUCCUGUUUCUUUCUGUCUAUCCCUCUAUCUAUCUCUGUAUAUGUCAAUCUCGCUAUCUAUCUUUUUAUCUAUCUAUUCCUGUUUCUAUCUAUCUAACUAUCUAUCUAUCUAUCUCUUUUUGUUUCUAUCUAUCUAUCUCAUUCUAUAGCUAUCUGAUUCCGUAUCUAUCUAUCUAUCUAUCUAUCUAUCUAUCUAUCUAUCUAUCUAUCUAUCUAUUCCUGUUUCUUUCUGUCUAUCUCUCUAUCUAUCUCUGUUUGUAUAUGUCAAUCUCGCUAUCUAUCUAUUUAUCUAUCUAUUCCUGUUUGUUUCUAUCUAUCUAUCUAUCUAUCUAUCUAUCUAUCUAUCUAUCUAUCUAUCUAUCCAAGUCUUUCCCUGUCAUCCUAUGUGCAGUAGUCAUUCAACAUCGAUGUAAAUCUGAGCCAUUCUCUUCGCUCCCCGGCUGUGAAUUUGGGAACAGCUGCCCUUGGCUGCCUCAACGUUCGCGUUCACGCACAUUUUCUGUCCCUGAUUUAUGUCGAUUCCCGCUUUCGUUGUGUUCCUUCAAUCAGUCAUUGCCAUUUCCCCCCUUCCUUGAUGUUCAUUCUUGUUCAAAAAUAAAUGCGUGUCUUGUCUCAUCCCUUUUACUUCUCACUUUUCUUUCCCUUCACGUCUUCAGCUGUCGUUUUUUCUCCUGUUUACAAACUCUUUCUCCUUUAUCUAUGUCACUGGCCAGACUCUCAAACGUUCAUUUAUAG